AUGGUCAUCAUCCAAGAAGGGCAGCAGGAACUCAAGAUCAUUGCUCUUGGUGAUGUUUUCGAAAAGCCGAAGAACAUCCGUGCACCCGGUUCCGCUUUUCAAUUGACACCACAUGAGAUAGACAAGGGCCAGAGCUGGAGAGAGUCCGGCAUGUGA